UCCCGAGACCGUAAGAGACGUAGCGAAUAUAAAACAAUGAUGCUUUCGGACGUCUUCUUCACAAUCCUAGACGUUGUUCCGAAAGAAAAGUUUGAACUGUUGAUUGGACAAAAAUGCCGGAGGAAACUCUUCCACUGUUGAUCGACGACCUGCGUGAAACUCCAGGAUGGAUCAACGAAAACUAUUUUGAGUCGCUGUUGAGGAAGUGUAAAGAUGACGCAUCGAUCAAGGUUCAAUCAGUUCAAGUGAAAUACGCGUUACCAAAAGGUGAAAACUAUGCCAGUGUUAUAUACAGAGCGCAAGUUAUAUUCAGUAGAAAGGACCAAUUACCAAAAACUUGCAGCUACAUAAUAAAAGGUAUAUCCGAAACCCCGUUGGCGAAGCAAAAACUAAGUGAAUACGAUGUCCACCGUAAAGAAAUGGAUGUGUAUCAAUUAGUGAUUCCAGAAUUCAGGCAGUUGAUGAAAUCUGUAGGUGACCACGCUGAGCUUUACCCGAAUCCGCUAUACGUAGACAGAAAAAAUGAUGUUAUGAUUUUGAAUGAUGUUACACAACAAGGCUACGUUAUGGUCAACCGAAUUCAGGGAUUGGACGCAGCACAUGCAAAAAUGUCGCUCAGAGCGAUGGCCAAACUACAUGCCACUUCCGUGAAACUAUUGGAGAUCUACCCUAAAAUAUAUGAACGAUACACCACUGGCAUGUUUACUCGAGAAACGGAUGCGUUCCACAUCUUUUUCCAGUCUACAUACGAUGCCCUUACAGAUGAAAUCUACACAUGGGAGCCGGAAUGGCACUACUAUGCAGACAAAAUGCGAAAUCUACGACCGCACUUCAUCGAGCAAGCAUUGUGCGUAUUCGAUAACGAAUGUGAGGAAGAUUUGCGCGUUUUCGUACAUAGCGAUUUGUGGACCAACAAUCUGAUGUUCAAAUAUGAUGCGAAGGGUCAACCGAUCGAUGUGCUAAUUCUUGAUUUUCAGUACUGCUGUUAUGCGACCCCCGCUAUCGAUUUAUUUUACUUUUUCUUCACGUCCACCAGAGAUGAAAUUCGUCAAAAUUGCUUCGACGAAUACAUGCACUACUAUUACUGUCAUCUGACAAAAUAUUCAAAGCGGUUAAACUGUACGAAGCGAUUUCCCACUUUGCAUCAAUUUCAACAACAGCUUUUGAAGAAAAUGUUCUACGCCAUAUAUUCUACCGCAGUCGCACUGCCGGUGCACUUGAAUAAUGAACAGGAUGCCGAUUUCGACGCUUUGAUGGCGGGAGACGAACGCUCCAGGCGAUUUAAAAAAGCCAUAAUGACCAACAAAAAGUACCACAAGAUCAUCAAAGGCCUCUUACCAAUGUUCGACCGAAAAGGCCUGCUGGAUAGACUUGAAUGAUGUCGGCGAAUAUUUGUAGUUGUUGGUGGCGGUCUACUGGUAGUUUCUUUGUUGUUUUGAUGUUUUUGCAAAUCUAUUUUAAUAAUGAAUAGAGGUAGUUUAUGAUUCUUUCUGUUGAAUAUAUCUUUUCAACUGUUUGAAUGUAUGAAUGAUUGUUAUUUACUUGUGUGUUCUUUGAAAUAUAAGAUUAAAUCAGCAUAACAA